UAAGCCAUCGGUUAGCGGAGUUGCGGCACUGUUGAAUUAUUCUUUACUUAUUCGUAAAGUGGUCGUGACAAGUGUUGGACAGUAUUAAAAAAGUAAAAUGCCGCACGUUUUGGUGAAACUAUCGACUCAGCUCUUGGCGAAGAGCAAUGUGGAUUUCAUGAACAUUGCUUCUAGGGCAAACAGCAAUUUCUGGAGCAAUGUGCAGAUGGGUCCCCCUGAUGUCAUUCUUGGGGUCACCGAGGCCUUCAAGAAGGACAAAAGUCCUAAGAAAGUAAACCUUGGUGUUGGUGCCUACAGAGAUGACAACAACAAGCCAUAUAUUCUGCCAUCUGUCAGACAGGCAGAGGAAAUCAUCUUUAAGAAGUGUUUGAACCAUGAGUAUGCUCCCAUUGGUGGUGAUGCAACUUAUGCUAAUCUUGUUGCCAAACUUGGCCUCGGUGACAACAGUUUGGCCAUUAAAGAAAAGAGAAAUGUGACUAUUCAGACAUUAUCUGGUACUGGUGCCCUGCGUGUUGGAUUCGAAUUCAUCGCAAAUCAUUACAGCCACUCCAAGGAGAUUUGGUUGCCUGCACCAACAUGGGGAAACCACCCUCAGAUCUGUAAUAUGUUGCGCAUUCCUCACAAGAAGUACCGCUACUACGACCCUCGCACUCACGGUUUCGACCUACAGGGUUGCUGUGAAGAUAUCUGUUCCAUACCACCUGGCUCCAUCAUUCUGCUACAUGCGUGUGCGCACAAUCCUACCGGAGUCGACCCUAAACCCGAAGAAUGGCAGACAUUGUCUGAAGUGAUUAAAGAGAAGAAAUUGCUGCCUUUCUUCGACAUGGCGUACCAAGGAUUCGCGACUGGCAACGUUGACAACGAUGCGUUCGCUGUGCGGCUUUUUGAAAAGGACGGACAUCAACUAAUGUUGGCUCAGAGUUUCGCCAAGAACAUGGGAUUGUAUGGUGAACGUGUUGGUGCGCUCUCGUUUGUGUGCGCCGACCAAGACACUGCCGCCAAUAUUAUGUCGCAAGUGAAGAUCUUAAUCCGUACGCUGUACUCGAAUCCGGCCAUUAAUGGAUCACGUAUCGUCACCGAGAUCCUCUCCAACCCUGAACUUAGGGCCCAAUGGUUAUGUGAUGUCAAAGAAAUGGCAGACCGCAUCAUCAAUAUGCGUAAGAAGCUGCGCGAAGGUAUCGAACGCCGUGGCAACAAGCUUAAAUGGCAGCACAUCACCGACCAAAUCGGCAUGUUCUGUUACACCGGACUCAAACCUGAUCAGGUCGCACGAAUUACAAAGGAUUUCCACAUUUACCUAACGAAGGACGGUCGUAUCUCCGUCGCUGGCAUAAGUUCAAGUAACGUUGACUACGUCGCCGAGGCCAUUCACAAGGUCACCUCCUCCUAAUGCAGCGUGUCAAAACAAAAUUGGGUACUUGUCAAACACUACUAUUUUUUUUAAUUCUUUCUUGCGUAAAAAGUUUUUUCCGAAUUUGCACUGAGUAUUUAUUUAUAAGAAGACUUGCUGUUAUUGUUUUUCAUAAUACAUUGAGUACUUUCAGAAAGAAAUUAUACAUAUUUACUAAUUAAGAUGAGAUUGAGUUUGUUUGUUCCGAAAUUUCACGGAUUUCAUUUUGUCAGUCUGCGGGAAUAAUUGUUUAUUAUAAUUCAGGAGCGCGUAUUUAUUUUUAAAUAUUUUGUUUCAGCAUUACAUAAGCUACUCUUACUAGUGUCGCGUCGUGUCCGUUACGUCGUUCGCAUCUCACAUUCAAUGUACCGAAAGAGCACAGUAUUUAUGAAACCAGCUUGUUAACAUUUAAUAUUUUUAUUGCCUUUAUGAUAUACUUUUGUAUUUUAUAUGUAUAUUUUAUUUUUUAAAUUAAAAAGUGUUUGUACCCCUUGUUCAUGAAAGCAUUUCGUAAGGUUGACUUGUUUCCUGAGAUUACAUAAGUAAAUAUAUUUUUAUUGUGAUGGAAAUUGUUAAAGUUAAUCAUAGUUCAUGAACAAAGGGCUGAGUUUAAGCAAUCAUUCUUUUUUUAAUUACGCUUUUUUUUCUUUAGUCUUGAUUUAGCUAAGUAAACACCUCAACAAUUCGAUUAAAAUUUUAUUCGUUAAAAUAAGUAGAUAAAAUGAACUUGCGAAAACAGGAAAUUGUAUCAACAUGUUUGAUUCUACGACGGUACUAAGUAUUUCUACGCAAAAUAUUUACAGCUGACGAAAGAAAUAAACAACCUUAUUCUAAGUUUAUUACACAAUCCGAUGCAGGUCAAUCGUUAACAUCGCCUUGAAAUUUAACAAGAAUGUACAAUACUUACUAAACUCCUUAAAGGACACAUUACAUAAUAAUAGGGAACACAUUUUAUCCACAAUUCGUAUAUUAUUGUGGUAACAAUGCAAUCUUAAGCAUAUUCACCUGCAUCCAAUAUCCACAUAAACCUAUCAACAUUUUUCUAAACUAAACCAGUUUAUUGAAGGACAUACAUCAAUUACCGAAAAUGCUUUUACGUACAUUAUUAUUAUGAUACAAAAUAUACUACUACAUUUUUAAAGUUGACACACGUCAAUAAACAUAAUUAUUUUAACAUUAUAUGUACAAAUUUUCAUAGAACAAAUUACUUCCUAUUCAUGGCACAUUUCUUUAGAAUGUAAAACACACUCUCUUAAAGCAAGAAAUAUGUACCAUUAUUAUACACACCUCGAGUGUCGAGGAUCAGUUGUCUGUAGCUCCAAUCACUGGUUCUUCUCUCAGUGAGGACAUGCUUACAUACGUCUAGGGUACACAUACCGAUUACUUUCUAAGCUAAGCGGUGACGAGAUUGCUAUCCUUUGAAAAAACAAAGGACCAAGGGCAUGUAAAUUUGGAAAACCCCAAAUUCCACGUCCACAAUAAAUUUAAACAUCACAAUUCACAUAUCGUGUACAAUGUGACAUUCUUGUCUAAAUAAUAAUUAAACACAACCACAAACUUUUCCUAUAACUUGAAUUGAUUAGAAUUAACGUAAGUAACACGUAGCACCACCCUUUUCAAAAUUAUAAUUAGACAUACUGCCUGUCACUGAAUGUCUCCUCACAUCUGCAAACCUCGACCGCCGAUGCCAGAUUCACAGUUUCCCUUGGUAAGUCACACUGGGAACAUAAACACAGUAAUCCUGUGUUUGUAUACCUACACUAUUUUUUGUUGAUGUAAAAUACGGUUCGAGUAAUAAAGGAAUACGCUGCCGAUUCUGUACGUUGGACUCUACUAAAAUAUAUACUUACUACAGAUGGAUUAAUUACCGUAUAGCAACAAAAUUUUAAACAACAAAGGACUGGCUUGCUACUGGCCCACCAUUCGUAUUGCAGAUGCUGUGAUAGCUAUGCCUUUUCUAGUUUUAUUAUAUUAUAUUGAUUAGACACUUAAUCCCGCGCUAAAUUAGGCUUAUUAUAAUAAUGAAGGGCCUCUGUAUAUGAAAAAUCGAAGUUUUAGCUUAAUACAUGC